GACCCACCUCCCAGGAGCCCCGGGAGCGGUGUCGCCGGGGCGAGAAACCGGCUUCGGAGAGUGCAGCCCCGCCGCGUCCCGUUGUGCUUUGGGGUUGCCCUGACAACUUGUGGUCCGCGAAGAAGCCUGGGCCUUACAGCCAAGCCCCGAGCAGAAUGGCUGCAGGCUGGUUCUACCUCUCGUGCGUGGCGCUGGGCGCGAUGGGCUCCUUGUGCGUGCUCUUCACCACCUACUGGAUGCGGCACUGGCGCGGCGGCUUCGCCUGGGACGGCUCGUUGCUCACGUUCAACUGGCACCCGGUGCUCAUGGUCGCCGGCAUGGUGGUGCUCUACGGGGCUGCGUCGCUGGUGUACCGCCUGCCCCAGUCGUGGCUGGGGCCCAAGCUGCCCUGGAAACUUCUGCACGCGGCCUUGCACCUGCUGGCCUUCAUCCUGACCGUGCUGGGGCUGGUGGCCGUCUUCUACUUCCACAACACCGGGAAGAUCGCCAACCUCUACUCCCUGCACAGCUGGCUGGGCAUCACCGCCGUCUUCCUCUUCGCCUGUCAGUGGUGCCUGGGCUUCUCCGUCUUCCUGCUGCCCUGGGCCUCGGCGUGGCUGCGCGCCCUCCUCAAACCCAUCCACGUCUUCUUCGGAGCCUCCAUCCUCUCGCUGGCGAUGGCGUCGGUCAUUUCCGGCAUUAACGAGAAGCUCUUCUUCAGCUUGAAGAACGGCACGCAGUCGUACAAAGAGCUGCCCAGCGAGGCCGUGUUCGCCAACUGCACCGGGAUGCUGGUGGUGGCCUUUGGGCUGCUGGUGCUCUAUAUCCUUCUGGCCUCGUCGUGGAAGCGUCCAGAGCCAGGGAACCUGACCGACAGACAGCCCCUGUUGCACGACAGGGCGUGACCCGGGAAGGGGCGCCCGGAACAGCCGGUGUCCCCUCAGCGGCUCUGCUCUACCUGGGGCUCCUCUCUGGUUGUCUGGCCACGGCGAGACCAGCCCCGAACCACUCUUGGUCUCCAAGCGGGGCCUGCACCCCACCCCGCUCGCUGCCUGAUGCUCUGUGUGAUGCCUUUGUCUUCUGCCCCCUCCCUCCCGCCCCCCCCCGCCGUCUCGGCCCCGACGUUGCAGACUCUCGGGUCCUCCCAAGGAGGCCCCCCUUCACCCUGGCUCAGCUUGCCCCCGUAGGGCCAGGUGGGGAGGCAGGCUGACCCCCUAAAUUCCCAGAUGUGGGAGACCGUCCUGAUGGCUCGGCUCCAGCCGGCUUGUGGGGAGGGGACCUCUGUGCAGUCAGGGGUGGGGACGAUUUUUCCCCCAUGAGAGGGGCGCUUUGCAUGUAUGCCCCCCCGCCCCCCACCGCCUGCCAGAGCACGCUGUCCUCUGGGAUCGGGAGAGCUGGCGGAAGUGUGGUGGCCUGGCAGCUUCCGCCAAGGAGCCGACUGCCUUCCGCCCUCCGUCACUGCCUGUCCUCUUCCAGCUACGGCUUCAGCUGGGGCCUGGAUCCGGCCUUUCCCUGUGGCUUUUGUGCUGGCAGGCAGCCCCACGGGCCCUGGUGACCUGCUCUCUCAAGGACAGCCAGCCAGGUCCCCGUGGUGCCCAUCAGAUGGGCCGUGGGGGCCUGUGAACUUGGCCGCUUCAGGGCUGUCCCUGGGCCCGGGCCACCUUGCUUUCUGGACGGGGCCCUGGGCCAGCUGCUUUCACUCUCCAGCUCGCCAGGAACGUGCCUAGGUCGUGACCAGUCCUGGGAGCCACCACCACCCUCUGACGUGCUCCCGGCUGAGUCAGCGUCCCCCCUGACCCUGGCGGGGCUGCCCUCCACAUCCAGUCCCUCCCUGUGUCAUGGCAGAGAGGGGGAGGCCAGCUCGGUCCUUUCUGAUGUCGCGUGCCUCUGGCUUGACCUGCCCUCUGGACACAGGAGCCCGGGCACCAGGGUCGGGGCUCUGACGGGCCAUGUGGCGACUGUCUGCCCCGGCUCCCGGUGGCCAGGUACUGGCAGGAGACUGCGGAACCAAGCUUCGCCUGGAUGAACGCCUUCGGGCGUGGGAUGGGCGCCCCUGCCCCUAUGCCACGGGGCGGGCACUGUUUAUGACGUGUGGUGUCGCACUAAAGUAUU